GAUUUUGACCAAAGUCAAAACGACUUAUGAUCUAAAAAGCGGGGAGUGUUAUGUAAAACGCAUAAGUUCAAAGAUUUAACCAGGUGCAAUAUAUAUGCUAGGUGCUCCACACACUAUACAAGGUAUUUUCAGUCUCUCUCUCUCUUUUUUUAUUACACGCAACACCAUACUCAUAUAUCUACGAGUACGUCCUCUAACACAAACUAUACAAACUAUAAGAGACGAAAACCAAUUAUAAUGGACAUAGGAAAAAGUACCAAUAUAUUAUAUCUGCAUUAAUUUUCCUUGAUUAUAUAUAUUGGCCGCUUACUCUUAUCACUAUGUAAGCAAAAUUAAAUUCAUAUUUCCUCCGUGCCAAAAAUAAAUUUAUCUUAGUGUUGGACGCUCAAAACAAAUAUAGUGGAAAAAAGAUUAAAGAGUCAUUCAUCAGUACCAAAGCAGUAUUAUUGGGUGGAUUGGUAAAGAGUAUGGAAAUAAUAAAUUUAUCUUAGUACAAAGGGUAGACGAACUAAAUUCUAGAAAUGGAGUUAUUUUAGUAGCAAGUGACAGAUCGUUGAUUUCUGCUCUCCAUAUAUAUAUAUAUAUUCCUUGACUGGAUCAUAUCGUCGUCGAUCCAAUUGAAAUAUAAAUAUGCGCGGGAAGAGGUAGCUGUUGCACAGAAGUUGAAUGGCGUUCUGGCUAAUUGCCGCCGGCGGCCUGCUGCUUCUUCUCCGUUUCGCUUUCGCCGCCGACGGAAUCACCGGCUGCCCGGAUAGGUGCGGCGACGUCGAUAUCCCUUAUCCAUUCGGCAUCGGCCCCAACUGCUCCCGCGGGGACGGCUUCGACAUCGCCUGCAACACCACCAACAGCACCGGUGUCCUAGUGCCCACCCUCGCCGCCGCCCGCCGCCAUGCCAUCCAGGUCCAGAAGCUGACGGUGUUCCCGCGGCCGGAGGUGAAGGUGAUGCUGCCGGUGGCGUACACGUGCUACAACUCCGGCGGCAACGUCACCAGGCAGUUCGACGGCGACGUGGAGCUCAACAACGAGGGCGUGUACCGCAUCUCCGACGAGCGCAACAUGUUCGUCGUCAUCGGCUGCAACACCGUGGCGUGGAACCAGCACGGGGACAGCGGUGGCAAAGGCCUCUACCGCAACCUCUACUACGCCGGCUGUGUCACCUACUGCAGCGACUCGCGGAGCGCCAUGGACGGCAAGUGCGCCGGCGUCGGCUGCUGCCACGUCGACAUCCCGCCGGAGCUCACCGACAACGUCGUCUACUUCGAGCAAUGGCCGCGCGGCGAACAGGUGGACUUCAGCCCCUGCGACUAUGCCUUCCUCGUCGACAAGGAGGAGUACCGAUUCCGGAGGUCGGAUCUCAAAAUGGAGUUGAACCGGAGGAUGCCGGUGUGGCUAGACUGGGCCAUCCGUGACCGCCGCGGCAACGACUCCUCCGUGGCGUCCUGCCCGGCGCCGGAGGUGGAGAAGAAGAAGCCGGCCGGGUAUGCCUGUGUGAGCGCCAACAGCGAGUGCGUCAACUCCACCAAUGGCCCGGGAUACUACUGCAAUUGCAGCAAUGGUUACGAGGGUAAUCCCUACGACAACGAUGGAUGCCAGGAUAUCAACGAGUGCGAUCCAUCCAACAAGGACAAGUACCCCUGCUAUGGGGUUUGCAAGAACAUUGUAGGAGAUUACGAAUGCAGCUGUCAUACUGGUUACCAGCCAAGUGGUGGUGGUCCAAAGAAACAGGAGUGCAAUCCAAAGUUUCCAGUUGCAGCACAGCUUGCCCUUGGUGUCAGUUUGGGAUUUUCCUUCCUGGUUGUUGUUGUUCUUUUCACACUAAUGAUGCUUCAAAGGAGAAAAAUGAACGAAUAUUUCAAAAAGAAUGGUGGUUCAAUACUACAGAAUGUGGACAAUAUUGUGAUUUUCUCCAAAGAUGAGAUGAAGAAAAUCCUAAAAAACAAUUCAGAAGUUAUUGGUCAAGGAGGCUUUGGUAAGGUCUACAAAGGUAGACUUAAAGACAAUACCCUGGUAGCAGUGACGACUUCAAUUGAGGUAACUGAAGCUCAAAAGGAGGAUUUCACAAACGAAGUUAUCAUACAAUCGCGAAUGAUGCACAAUAACAUUAUCAAGCUAUUGGGCUGUUGUUUGGAGAUGGAUGUUCCAAUGUUGGUAUAUGAGUUUGCCGCUAAUGGUAGCCUAAAAGACAUUCUCCAUAGUGAUGCCAGUCACCUAGUCCCUCUCACACUAGAUCUACGCCUAGACAUUGCAAUUGAAUCUGCAGAAGGUCUAAGAUACAUGCACUCGUCCAUAAGUCAUACCAUACGGCAUGGUGAUGUUAAGCCCGCCAACAUACUUCUAACUGACAAGUUUGUUGCAAAGAUCUCCGACUUUGGGACAUCCAAGCUUCUUACUGUAGACAAAGAAUUCACCAUGGUUGUGGCAGGAAGCAUGGGGUACAUAGACCCAGUGUUCUAUAUGACUGGUCACUUAACACAAAAAAGUGAUGUGUUUAGUUUUGGAGUUGUAUUGCUGGAGCUCAUCAGCAGAAGGCAAACAAUAUAUGGCAAGAACCGCAGCCUCAUUAUUGAGUUCCAAGAGGCAUAUGAUCAAGCAAAUAGUGGGAGGUUAUUGUUCGACAAGGAUAUUGCCAUCGAGGAAGAUGUCUUAAUCCUAGAAGAAAUUGGUAGGUUAGCGAUGGAAUGUUUAAACGAAAAGAUUGACGAGCGUCCUGAUAUGAAGGAGGUAGUGGCACGACUUAUGAUGCUGCGAAGAUCUAGGAAGCUUAAACAAGAAAACUACAACAUAAGUCGUCAACAGUUCUUUGAGGAGAAUAGUAUAGAUGAACUCCCUAAGAGCUUUGAUGACAACAGCUCAAGUAGCAGUGCAGAGCUUUUAUCCAAUCUAGCCACAAAGAACUCUCUAACCUAUAGAUCGACGACUGGAAGAGAUUAGGUUUAAUAAGCAAUAUAUUUAUCUUGUGUUAUAUAUGUGUAACCUGUUUUAUAAAUCAAUGUACUUUCAUUUGAAAUAGAUUGAUUUCAAGCAUCUAUCUCUCAUUUAUGUUCUCUGUAUUUGAAAGCAGAGAAGCAACUUCUGUGUAACACAAGAUUGUCUAAUCACUAUUGUAUA